ACCUGCCUGGUUCAACAGGUCAGAAUAGAGUUAAUUCUGGCAGGAAUAUGCAAAGACAAGGCUAUUUGAGUGAAUGCCACGUCUGAUGUGGCUAACGGUCUUUCCAAGCCCCGGUCCGUUCUGCCUUCUUCGAGAUCUACAUUACAGUCUUUCCACCACAUGUUCCAUGAACAUUGAAGCUUGUCAAAAAUUGCUUUCUUCAAGUUGGAGACGAUCGUCUCCGAAUAAAUUCUUUUGUCUACUUCGUUAGCAUGCGUGCUAUUGAGAAACUCCUGCGAUCAUUCAAGCAGGCUUUCUAAUACCUCCACUAUGGCACCAUAUGUUGAGGCCAGCUCUUUGUCAGAGAUAACUCAACUUGCGGGGAAUCCUCCUAAGUAUCCUCGAAACCCCAUGGAAACCAAGAGACAACCUCUCACUCUAUACAUUGCUCGAGUCCCAGGUAGUAGAGAUAUCAUUCUUACAACGCUCAAGCCACAACUCAAGAACGUAACUGCGGAAGAUGUCUCUGCUUCUCUCUACUAUCUCCAUCUAAACACGGAAGAUGACAUUCGAUUCCUACAGGACGAUGAAGGAGCAGGUAUCAUAACAGAGGAACCUGAACCUGUUCUAGAAAAACCAUUACCAAGGAAACCUCUUCCUGAAACUGCUAGAUCAUCAUUAGAGCUCAAUCGCUCUGCAAAUACUGGAGCUGCCCCAAGUCCCUCAGCAUCUAUGCCAAGACGGAAGCCCGUUACGUCUAUAGCUUCCUUCACUGAAGGGCGUCAGCAAAGUUCAAAUUCAGACGUAACAAUACCUAGACGCCCACUCGGACCAAGGCCUUUUGGUACAGAAGUCCCCGUCGCUAAGAGUGUCCUACCGGGCGUCGAAAAUGUUCGACCAGAUUCUCGAAGUAGACGUCAAGAUGCCAGCCUUGAAGAAACAACCGGUCGCGUUGGGAAUCAGAGUUUCAGUUCCGUGGAUCACAUGGUUGACGAAAUGAAUCCUAACGCAUUCUCAAUAACUGUGAUUCGUCGAGAUCCAUCUUCUGGUGCUCAAUGGAACGUUGGAACCAUCUAUGGUCAACCUGUUCCGGGCGAAGCACAGCAUCGGCGAAGCAAAGGCUCCAAAAAGCCAUAUUUUGAUAUGUCUAUCCAGCUGACUACGCCUGGUUACAGCCAGUUCCGGAAUGUAUCAGCCACUGGAAAUAGUGCAGACGGUAUGACGGAGGUGUCUUCACCCGUCGGAGUCAGCCCCAGAGCCGACAUCUCACCAGUACAACCAAGAUCUGGUUCAGGAUUCAACCGACACCUCCGCAUGGAAGGAUCUAGCUUUUGGGAACGUUCCUCGAUGCACAAGAGAGCGCAAUCGGACUUCUCUGGGGAACGUGCAGUUCCACGUGGGAAGGACAUGAGUUUAGAUGCGACUACUUUUGGAGCGUUGAAUGUCUCCAGCAAUGAUAGCAUGUCAACAGGAGCCGUCGAUUCUCGCUCUAAAGGCUACAUCUUCGAAAGUCCAUGGGGAGGUUGCUGUAAAUUUUCCACUGGAAGUGGAGGUCGAACUCUCAAGUGUAAACAUAGUCUUCCAGCGCCAAUUUCGGCAAAGACAGCUGGUGACUUCACAUCUGCGCCACAACCGCCAUCGAUUGUGAGUGAAUUGAGGUUCAACCUUCCCUCGUCAGGCAUUUUCACGCCUUCUACAGCCUCGGAUACUACUACGAAGAGAUCUAGCAUUGAUUCUGGACGCUUCAAUAUCUCAAAACUUGGUCACAUGCGCAACAAACUGUCUCCGGACAAGAUCCGGCCACCAGCUCCUCCUCCUCGGCCAACACUUCCGCCUCGACCACAUCCAACCUCUUACGCAGCCAUGUACCCAAGCGACGAUGAGGAUCGACCGCCACUUCCGCCUAGAACACUAGCGACGUCACAUUUAAGACCUGGAUAUCAACAAGCGAACUCAUUUCUCUCAACUGAUACGACUCAAUUUGAACCCGAUUUGAGCUAUUCAGACGAAGCAGAUGAUGGCGAUCGUCUGGAUCUUAGCAUAGGUCGGGAGAAGGCAGGUGGAGGUAAUCGUGGAAAGCGUGCGAAGCUGGGCAAAUUGAUCGUACAUGAUGAAGGCUUCAAGAUGCUGGAUUUGGCAGUCGCUGCUAAUAUGGGGAUCUGGUGGAGCGUAUGGGAAUCUGAAAAUCAAUAGGUCUACGAAUCUUCUCGAAGGGGUCUCCCUCCACUUCCCACUCCUGAAGCCUUACCAAGCGGCUUCAAUAUCCAAUAUUUGUUUCAAGCUGAACAUUGGUCAGAAGCAUCUAAAUAUUGACAGCAAGAAUUCUUGUCAGCCACUGCAGCUUGAGAACAAUCUUCUGCCGCCACAAUCUGAUAUUUAGUUGACACUUGCGACCUAAGAAAUACAGCGAGAAUUUGAUUCCAAAUUUUCGUUUUUACCUAGGCAUCUGGACUUCACAUCCUCCUCGGCUUCACCAGACUUCAGCUCUGUCAUGUCACACAUUGUGAUAUACAGAUGGUGCUCCAGCGGCCUUUGCCUGUCAUCAGCAGGAUUAGAACUUUGGAUUCCAAGCGAGAUCAUGACCAAAAUGGAAUUAGGAUCGUCGAUUCACGUUGAGAAUUGCGAUGAGCAUCAAAAUGGCAUUUGUUGAGGAGCUCGAUAGUAG